CUUGGAAUAGAAUAACGUUAGCUUGCAGACUAGCCUGACCGCCGGUGCAUAUACUGUAACCGAUAAGAGGCCACUGUGUUCCUGGCAGUCAUCUUUUUUUUUUUUGGAGUAUACUGUUUUCAUGAGAUGUGUACCACUCGGUCCUGCCUUUCGUUCCUCAAGCUAGCCAGCAGCUGCACCAAAGCAGACGUAACAGCUAGCGAGCUAGCUUAGUUAGCUAGCUGUGGAGCUGAGCAUCAGCACCGCCGGCUGUGAGGAGAGCGAACAUCACUACCAUUCUGCACCUCUCGGUCACACAGUCAUCUGCUUUGUUAGCCAUUUAUGCAGUGAGGCUAGUCUCCAGACAAAGCAGCAGGAGAGAUGUACCAACUCCCAGUGAAUAACCUUUCAAGAAUCAGGAGAGCUAGGAAGCAAGUGAAAAAAACCCUUGGAGACAUUGGACUGGAGUACUGCAAGGAGGCAGCAGAGGAGUUUAAAGAGUUUUGCCCAAAUGAUCAAUUUGUAAAGGACACUUAUUGCCUUGAUAUCUGCGCGUGGGAUCCAUCGUACUCUAAAACACAGGAAUACCGAUCGAAGCCAUUUUGCUGCACAGAGUGCUCAUUUUCUUCCAAAUACUACUCAGGCUACAAGAAUCACUUCCGCAAUGUACAUAGGAAAAUCUUUGAGAGUAAAAUUCUGCUCAACUGUCCAUACUGCACAUUCACUGCAAGCAAGAGAACUUUGGAGACGCAUGUCAAAAUAUUCCACAUACCCAGUUCAUCACGGCAGAAUUAUGGAAACUCACCAGGAACUGCACUGGGAAAGAAGGACAAAGCGUAUCUUGAUAGAGCCAGACAAGGAGAUGGUGUGGAGAAAGCAAUGUACUUUUGCAAAAAAUGCACCUUCCGAGACACGCUCUACAAUGUUGUGAGAAGGCACAUCUACAGAGAACAUUUUCAGCAUAUUGUAUCACCAUAUCUUGGUAUGGUGUCUGAGUCCUCUAUCAAAAAUGGUGCUAAUUCUGUCAAUGGCAACAACAUCCUCUGUAAACGCUGCCAGUUUUCCACUCGAAGCUACGAGGCAUUAGUACAGCAUGUUAUAGAGUACCAUGAGCGCAUUGGUGCUCAAGUUACCACCAUGAUUGGACAUGCUAAUAUCCUUGUCUCCAGGCCUCAGUCCUUACCAGUCAUGUCUCAGAAGGCCCCUCUGAUCAUUAGGGGCCACACACUUAGAGCUGACCCAAUAGCACAACCAGUUAUUGGCUAUUUAAAGCCAGUGGCCCCUAUUGUUAAAAAUCAGACCCCCAUCAAAGCCAGUCAGGUGCGCACGUCAGUCCCUGGCAACAGCACUGCUGCUGAAAACAAUGCUGCUGGUGUAAACACAGCGCAGACACAGAAGUGGAAGAUAUGUACAGUUUGCAAUGAGCUUUUUCCUGAAACCCUCUAUAAUGCUCAUUUUGAGAACGCGCACAAGGCAAAGAAAGUGUGGGCACUGGCCAAGUACAUCAUGAAAAUCCACAACUUCACCAGCAAGUGUUUGCUUUGCAACCGCUAUCUGCCCAGCGAUACACUGCUUAACCACAUGCUAAUCCACGGGCUCACCUGUCCUCAGUGCCACUCUGCUUUCCACAAUGUUGAGAAAAUGAUGGAGCACGUGGCCCAGACUCAUCCCGUUGACUUUGUUGGACCCCCUGGUGCGUCACCUCUGACCUUUGAUCUCACCAUUAAACAAGAUAAGUCCAGUAAUGUACAGCUUGUUGUUCUCACUUUUAACAUGAAGGAAUCUAUCAAUGGUCAAGAUCAGCCUGCACCUGCUCAGAAUAGUGUUCCACCUCUGGUCAAAGUAACCGCUCCCAGAAUGAUUGAGAAGAAUAGCGAACCACUUGCUAAAAGUUUCCCCUCGCCGACUCACAAGAGUGAGGUUGGGAAGACUCUGUGUCCGCUCUGUUUCACCAUUCUCAAAGGUCCCAUCUCCGAUGCUUUGGCCAUGCAUCUGAGGGAGCGACACCAAGUGCUCCAAACAAUGCAUCCUGUUGAAAAAAAGAUGACGUACAAGUGCAUUCAUUGCUUGGGAGUGUACACCAGUAACAUGGUGGCCUCCACAAUCACACUGCAUCUUGUACAGUGCAGGGCUGUUGGUAGGACCCAGGCAAGCCAAGGCUUCAAGACUGCCUUGACUCUCAACUCAUCUGGGGCUGGCUUCCUCAAGAGGCAGCCACCAAUGCAGGCCACGCCCAACUCGUGCCCCAGCCCCAGCCCCAAGAGGUUAAAGCUGAGCAAGGAGUCAAAGAUCUCCUCCACAACCGUUGGAAAUCAGUCCAAAUCCGUUGACUUUGCUCUGGAUCCUAGAAGCUAUGAGCACAAGACAUAUGAGGCCAGGAAGAAUUUCCUGACUGCCUACUUCAACCGGCGACCAUACCUUUCUCCUCAGGAAGAGGAGAAGCUCUCUGCAAGUCUGUGGCUGUGGAAAUCCGACAUUUCUAGUCACUUUGAAACCAAACGAAGGAUAUGUGAGAGACAAUGUGAGACCAAGAAGGUGUCUGUGCUGCUUGGCUUUGACAUGCACGCUGUCAAGAAAGUUAAGCAUAACUUGAUCUUUGAGGAGAGCAAGGUUGAUGGCACCUCAGUGGGGAGAUCUGGAGGACUCAAGUCUGGUACUCCAAACACAGACCAAAAUAACAAACAGUGCGAGACAUUAAACUGUACCCUAAAACUCAGCACAUGCACAGAGACCAUUUCCAUUGACUCAGACAGUGAACCAGAAACAGAAGAUAGACCUUCUGAGAAUGGAAAUGUUGACACGAACCAACACGAUAAUGUAAAGUCCCAGGAGCCUUCAAACCCAACAGAAGAUACAGAACCUUUGAACACAAAUGAUCCUUCUACAGAGAAAGAGAGUUCUUUGCAAGAUUCAAAUGCAAAUGCUUGGAUGACUUUCUGUUAGUGUCUGUGCUUAGCAGUGUGCCUUGGUCGAGUAACAGAUCAGUUUUAAAAGAAGUGUAGGAAUUAAAGCUGGGGUAGGCAACGGAGAACUAGCAAGAGACAGGCUGGAAGUAUCCAAAUGGAAAAAUUGCACCCCCUCCUUUCAGGCCUUUCCUCCAUAGACCCCCCCCCACCCCCAAACAGGGGCAGAGUGCUCACAGGAGGGGAGCCAAUAGUUUCAUUCAGACUGUUUAUUACAAUCCUGCGACAGUCAUAGAUGGCAGAAGUUUAUCAUUUUUGUGUCAGAGCAUAUGAUUUAGUGAUUGCUGUUGGGAUGUUUAGAGAAUUUCAACAAAUAUAACAACUAAUGCUUCUGAAAUAAAAUGCGUACCCCAGCUUUAAGAUGAAGGGGAAAAAACUACAGAGGGUUACAUUUGGUAAAAUGGCAUGGCUCACAAAAAGUCUUGAGUUCCACAUUUCUCAUUGAUGUCGUGGAAAGAAGGAAAAAAAGUUACAUUAUAAUGCAUAAAUAUAUGGCAUUUGCAAGUGACAUUGUAUAUAUUCUAACCAUUGUUCUUAGGUUCUACAUACAAUCUGUGUUAGUCACCUUUUAACUGUCACACGAUUUAUGAAAUGAUUAUGCCAACUUCUGUACUUCCAUUUUUUUUUCUCAACUGUGAAAUGUGUCAUAUUGUCAUUUCACAUCUAGAAAGUGUAGGACAUGCUCAUGUACACGUUUUAAUAAAUAUGUUUGUUUAAUGAAAUUUUUCCCCCCGACACCACUCAGUCUGUCAAAAUGACCUCUUAUGCCAGGUGUACAGAACACAGUGAAGCUUCAAAGCUUAAAAAAAAUGUUGUAAUAUAAUUGCUGCCUAUGCUUAAUAUCUUUUUAUAGGAUGCAGUUGAAAGGAGAGAUGAUAAAAUGUUGCUUUUUUAAAAUACAGGCUUUUGUAACAGUAAAUUGAUAAGCGGAUGUUUUCAUCAACAUUAAAUACAUUACUGAA